UUGUCUGGCACAAUCAGUUCUUAAAGUUCCAAUUAUCUACCUGUUCACUUCAAGGGCAAUCAAACGCUUUAAAGCCAAAUUAAAAUACUUCUUAAGCUGAUCAUUCCAUGAUUAUUGUUUUUAUAAACUAUUCAGUUCUAUUGUGCUUUUUAUGUUCAACACAGGCGGUUUAUGGAUCGUCAAAUAGCUUGCAUUGCCAGAAGCAAUCGUAUGGCCAAAAUCACGUGGACUAACCAAAAUGUCGAGCUGAAAAGGCAAACUGCAAUAAACGCAACCGGAUUUUAAGAACCCAAUAAAAUGGAGCACUAAAAAAGCGAAAGCUGACCUUGUCGCACUUGAGCGACAAGAAUCCGGGCCGAAAUCGCGGAUCCAUCUAAAUGGUUGCACCCCCAAAACUGGCCGGCUCCAUCAUCGCGAUAAUAGCCAAAGCAAAUUGCCAAGUCAUUCGGGUUUUUUGCCUUUCGAUAUUCUGGCAAAUCGACAAGCAAAUAGCGCCGGGCAAACACAAAAUAACAGAAAAACAACGGCCAAAACAAAUCAAACUCAAGUCCAGGAGCUGCAAAUCCGAAAGAGUGCUGUCAUUUUCAAAAUGACCAAUGCAGUGUGUGAGUCCUAUAACAAAACCUGGGUGGAAUUCGGCCUGUGUCGCCUGCGAGCCGUUAGUAGGAAUAAGGUUUGCCUGAAUGUCGAUGCCAAUUUGCUUUAUCCGGUUCACGAUGUUAUAGUCAAGGCCAGAUUGCUGAAAAGGGCCAAUGGUUAUAAGCCUUGGCUCUAUAGCGUCAGCUUCGAUGGCUGCCAGUUUAUAAGGCGUAGAAACAAUGCCCUGAUUCGAAUCGUUUGGGAGCUUUUCAAAGAGUACUCGACGAUCAAUCACACCUGUCCCUAUGUGGGCCUGCAGCAAGUUAAGAACUUCUAUCUAAGAUCCGAGAAGCUGCCUACGCCCAUACCCACUGGGGAAUAUCUGUUGAUGAUUGACUGGGUGUUCAACAAGAAACCGCAGGCUGCCACAAAUGUUUAUUUCACCUUUGUGGAGGAUCUAAAAGAUAGUUAAAAAUCUUAAAAUCUAAACUGAACUGUAAUAAAAAGAUAGACAAUAAACAUAUAACUCUAUAUUGUUUUA